AUGCAGGAGGGGUCAAAGGGACCCCACGAGUCCAACACCUCUGGACAGGGCAAGAGCAAAGAGCCCUGGCCUCCCGGAGUGCCGGCGAGCUACGCGGACCUCCAGGGCCCGACGGAGAGAGUGAGGCCACGAGUCUCCCCCCGAGAGACUAUGGAGAAGUACCAGAUUUUGUGCCAGCUGAAUCCUGGAGCCUUGGGGGUAAACCUGGUGGUAGAAGAAACAGAUACCAAAGUAAAGCACGUGAUAAAGCAGGUGGAAUGCAUUGAUGAGCAUCAGACCAAUGAGGCCCUGGAGGAGCUGAUGCCACUGCUGAGGCUCCAGCACGCCCACAUCUCCAUAUACCAAGAGCUGUUCAUCACGUGGAACUCAGAGAUCUCCUCUCUGUUCCUCUGCCUGGUGAUGGAGUUCCACACGGUGACUUUCCAGGAGGUCAUUGAGGAAAAGAGGAAGGCAAAGGAGACCAUUGACUCUGAGUGGAUGCAGAACAUUCUGGGCCAGGUGCUGGACGCGCUGGAAUACCUGCACCAGUUGGACAUCAUCCACAGGAACCUCAAACCGUCCAACAUCAUCCUCGCCCACAGCAACCACUGCAAACUGCAGGACCUGAGCUCCCACACACUGAUGACGGAUGAAGCCAAGUGGAAAACCCGUGCGGAGGAAGACCCUUCGCACAAGUCCUGGAUGGCUCCCGAAGCCCUCAGCUUCUCCUUCAGCCAGAAAUCUGACAUCUGGUCCCUUGGCUGCAUCAUUCUGGACAUGACCAGCUGCUCCUUCGUGGAUGGCAUAGAAGCCAUGCAUCUGCGCAAGUCCCUCCGCCAGGGCCAGGACAGCCUGAGGGGCGUCCUGAAGACGAUGGAGGAGACGCAGGUCCCAGAUGCGAACACCUUCUCACACCUUCUGCCCUUAAUGCUCCAAGUCAGCCCCUUGGACCGAAUAACGAUAAGGGAUGUGAUACACAGCACCUUCGUGAGCAGCUCAUUCAAGUCCUCGUGCAUCACUGCGACCCUGGGCCAGCAGGUGGUGCCUACGUUCGUCACUGACGUGCUGUUAGAGAGCAACAUCGCCAGCAUCUUAGAGAUCAUGCAGAACUUCUCCAGCCGACCCGAAGUCCAGCUCAAGGCCAUGAAGAGGCUUUUGAAAAUGCCUGCAGAUCAGCUAGGUCUGCCGUGGCCCAUGGAGCUGGUGGAGGUGGUGGUCGCUGUCAUGAGGCAGCACGAGAGGAUCCUGGAGAUACAGUUGUAUGCCUGCUCCCUGCUGCUGCGUGUCCUAGGCCAAGCUCUGGUGCAGGACCCGGAAACCAAGGCUCCAUGCAACGCCACCAUCAUCUCCACGCUGCUGCACACCGUGUGGAGUCACCCCCAGGCGGAGCAGCUCCUGGUCAUGGUCUACAGCCUGCUGGCCCUCUUCUCUGGUCAGGGUGGGUCUGCAGCAUCCGAGGAGAUGCAGAAGGCUGGGCUGCUGGAGAACAUCCUGGAACACCUGCACAGCUUCCUCGAGAGCAGGGACGUCUGCAUCAGCGGCCUGGGCCUGCUCUGGUCCCUCCUGGUAGACGCUGUCAUUGUGAGCAAGGCCACCUUCGAGAAGAUCCCAGCCCUCGUCAGCCAGGUCCUGGUCGCCUACCCCACUGAUGCGGAAAUAGCUGAAGCUGGCUGUGCCAUCUUCUGGCUGCUGUCUUUGCUGGGCUGCAUCAAGGAGUCGCAGCACGAACAGGUGGCAGCACUGUUCCUGCGAAGCAUCCGACUUUGCCAGGACAGAGCCCUGCUGGUGAACAACGCCUACCGGGGGCUGGCCAGCCUGGCCAAGGUGUCAGAGCUGGUGGCUUUCCAGAUGGCAGUGCAGGAGGAUGGUGUCAGUGGCCUGAGCCUCAUCAAGGAGACCUACCAGGUCCACAGGGACGACCCGGAGGUGGUGGAGAAUUUCUGCAUGCUGCUGGCCCACCUGGUUUCCUACAGGGAGAUCCUGCCGGAGCUGGUAUCUAGCAGCAUCGGGGACCUGGUCCGAGAGGUCAAGGAGCGCUUCACCUCCAGCCUGGUGAGUGGCAGCACCUCCAGAAAGCCAGGACUCCCAUCAGGCCGAAGCCCCGGCCCUGGCAGGAUAUCCCACCUCUAUGACUGGGCCCAAGCCAACCCUAAAGGAGAGGGGCAAGCAGACCCUUGUAAGAAGAUUCCUGUCCAUGACCAGGGAUGA